AUGGUACCAUAUGCGCUGGCGACUCUCUCUGAGGUGCUUUGCCUUGGGAGCUAUGCAACAGACAAGCGCCUGCGGCGGCGUGAAGCUCUCGGGAACAAUGGCCCAGUCGAUGAAGGUCAAGCAUUGAUGUGUAAGUUGAAUGCGGAUGGAGUGAAUCUCCACGGUUUCCUUGCUAGAUCUUUGCUUUUCUUCGUUUUUUGCUGUGUCCUCUGUCUCUCUCGUCGGCGGAUUCGCUUUGAUCUUUGACUGAUCUCUCUCGCUCUGUUAACUUGUCCGAGCACUAUUUAUUGGCCUAGCGUGGUCUUAUUUUAUGACUGACUUCGCGUCUAUCUACUAUUAACUGACUUCGCGUCUAUUCAGUAACUACUGACUUCGCGUCUAUUCACUACCUAGCUGACUUCGCGUCUUUCCCCUAUUAUCGACUUCGCGUCUCCUAUUCACUUCGCCUGUUAUUUGCAAUUUCGUAUGAAUCUAGAGAUCCUCAUCUUGCACUAGUGCACUGGCGCCGUCUCGGGUAUAUGCCGGGUCGGCGCACCGUCCGAGAAAUGUACGACUUCUUUGCGCCCACCCCAGCUGGUGCGCUGGCCCUUUGGCCGAAGACUUUGAAAUUGAAAGUCGGAAGCAGAAGAGGUUUUUCGUGGUUGAUGUUUAGUAUUGUUUAUAAUGAUCGAAGCAGGCCAAGACGACCUUCGUUCCAACUCUGAUGGUUCGUCUACAAAACGAUCAGAUAUUCUUCGUUAGCAGCAACUGCAGCCGUCAUUCAAGCAUUGUUCUGCGGGGAAUCGUGUAUCCAUCGCUUGCUCCAAUCCCUGCAGAUUGGAAGCGUCAUGAAAAAGAAUCCGAUUGUCCAUUCGAGAGAAGGUCAUAAGCUUGAUGGCUGCUAUCAUAUUCUCCUUCAGAUCUAUUAAUUCUUAGCGAUCGAGCAGGUCUAUUUGUUAGGUCGUAAUCUAAAGAUCGAAACCGUUCCGUAGAGGGCGAUGCGCGAGGAAAGUCAGACUGGGUGCUUCUCCACGGCGGCCUUCGGCGCAAGACGCCGGGUACCAUGUGUACAUAUUCCUUUGUUGCUUCCUUUGCGACAUAAACACCCUGCUGUGUGCGUUAGGAGAC